AUGUGGAAGCUCAUCCUUUUAACAACGUUUGCUUUCUCUCAAGGUGAAGAAGGAGUUCCUUUUAACGACGAUCCAUGGGACGUCGAUGGACCAUGUCAAAUAUAUGUAGAAAGAUUUGCGAAGGCUCAAGCUGAUAUGGUGCAAUGUGCUUCCAAUUGGUCUAUUCCACCUAAAGUGUGUACCAAUUGUUUUGAGCAUUACAUUACAUUCAAACAGUUGGAGUAUGAGACAAAGCACUUAGAUAACGUAACAUCUCUGGAUAACAGAACUUGUUCGCAGGUUAUAUACGACAACUAUCUUCUGUCAUACAGCUAUGAUAUUAGUGAUGCUCUUACAACAAGGAUCUGGGACAAUUCGAGAUGCGAAUCAUGUCUUCACAUAAAAUGGAACUUUUCGUAUGCUGAUAACAACGUUCAAUUCUUAAACAGGACACUCGCUUUCCAAAACCGUCUAUUUGAAUGGAGAGAUUGUGUUGUUAAUUUCACUGGUUGGGAUUAUGGAGAAGAGGACAUGCUGAACGUUGGAAACUCUUCUGAAAUUUGUGGAGUGUGCAAUAAAACAUUCAACGACCUCUUUGCAUUUUACUGGGGAAUAUACGUGAAGCCUGGUGUGGAUUUUUGUGUCGACAUUGAAACUACGAUGAAUGACACUCUACAUUUAUGGAAUGAUGUUUGGAAAUGCGAGGAGCGCAAGGAUCGAAAACGAGACACAGGCCUUGUUCUCUAUACAAUGAUAGUUCUGUUGAUACUAACCGUAUUGUUCUAUGUAGCAAGUUAUAUCCAAGGCGGUGGAGCUACAAGGAACCUCAUAAGAUAUUCGAGGCUUGACCCUCCAGUUGGACAACGAUCCAGACUGAUCUCUACUUCUGCAGCUGACCAUGCUUACUUGCCUAUAGUAACUGAAAGAAACUCAUGA